AUAGAUGACGCUAACUCAAUCCAGGACUACAUCUUUUUCUGAAUAAGAACUACAAAAAACAAAACUCUAGUUUUGCUAGUGCAGCGAGCGGUUAAAGCUUAUACAUUUUAGUGUAAAAACAAAAGCAAACAUAUGAAGGGAUGGAUCCCAUUGUUGCUGCUUGUGUCUCUGUUGUGAGGAGCAACCAUCAGAUCAUCAGGAGGAGGGCUCGGAUGAGGAGGCUGUUAGCCAUGUGCUCCCAGAUUGAUGUGCCGAUCUACGCCACCCCCAGCUCCAUAGUGCCUCCUUGGGAACGGUACCUGGACCAAACCCAAGAUCUACGUCGAGACUACAGGCUCACAAGAACCACCAUUCAGGCCCUGAUGGACCUGCUCAGGAGGGAGAAGACGCACGGUUGGGGCCAGGAAAUGGAGAUCCUCAUGGUGUUAUACUGGCUGGCGCACGGACUGUCGUACCGAUUGGUGUCUAACGCCUUUGAGAUGCCAAGAUCUACGGUGUGCGACCUCGUCCACCGUGUGUGUGACGCCAUUUUGACCCUCCUAGACAGAGUUAUUGGGUUUCCCCUACCAGAGCAGUGUCCAGAAAUAGGGAGCGGCUUCCAACAUCUGGCCGGCAGUCCCGCCUUCGGCCGCUGCGCUGGAGCCAUCGGUGUGUGUCACAUCCCCAUUAAGGCGUCUCAUCCGGGGGCGGCUCCAGAUUACUUGAACAGGAAGCGGUUCCACAGCAUCCUGCUUCAGGGAAUCUGCGACAGCACCGGCAAACUCCUGGAUAUUUUCGUCGGCUACCCCGGGUCUGUGCCUGAGCUAAAGGUGCUGAAGAACAGUCCGGUGUUUGUCGGCGGCAUCUACCCGCCUUCUGGGUACUUCAUUGUGGGGGAUGGGGGGUACCCAUGCAUCAACACACCAAUAGCUCUCCUCACCCCCUACCAUAAGCCACUGCAGGGAUCACUGGAGGCCUGCUUCAAUGCCCGUCAUGCCAAGGCCUGCGUCAUCGAGAAGGCCUUCGGCAUGAUGAAGGCCAGAUGGAGAGGGGUCUUCUUCAAAGCACUGGAAGUGAGCACCACCUUCGCCCCUAAAGUGGCCGCUGUUUGCGCCAUACUCCAUAACCUGGCAGUCACCAACGGCGACAUUGUGGAGCCAGCCGUAGAAGAACCCUGGCCUUCGCUCGAUCCCCCACCUCCUGAGGGGGAGGGCGCCAAAGGAGGGCGCCUUCUACGACAGGAAGUGGCAGAGCAGGUGUCAGCCUCUCAGCACUGGCCUCUUCACCUUAAAGACCACGAUUAUGACUGACGGUCGCCUCCAUGAUCCGUUUCUAAACAAUAUGUUCCUGUAUUUAACAAUUUAUUUUAA